CGAGGUUAAUCGUUCGCCCUUCGGCCUCAGUCGGGAUCCGGCGCAGCUUCCAGAGAAGGGUCGGUCAGCAGAAGGAUUAGACCCAGAAAAUGCCUGGAGAGCGACUCUACACCGCUCUGCGGAUCACAGCAAGCACCUUGUUUGCCCUCUCCAUCCUGGGCGCCAUCACCUGUACCUAUGUGAAAGGUUAUCAGUUUGGCUACACAGAGAACUACCACCUAUCUUUUGGGCUGUACGGAGCCUUUCUCACUCUGCACUUCUUUAUCCAAAGUUUCUUCGCCUUCCUGGAGCACCGGAGAGUCAGGAAGGAGAACCGACCCCUCAAAUUCACCAAGUCAGUUGCUCUCUGUAUCGCUGCAUACCAGGAGGAUCCUGACUACCUGAGGAAGUGCCUGGUGUCAGUGAAGCGCAUUGCCUAUCCCAAUCUCAAGGUGGUGAUGGUCAUUGAUGGCAACCAGGAGGAGGAUACUUACAUGAUGGAGAUAUUCAAUGAGCUGAUGGGUGUGGAGAACACCGGCUCCUACAUCUGGCAGAGUAACUAUCACCAGGAGGGUCCUGGAGAGACAGAAUUCACCCACAACGAGGGCAAGAGGAGAGUGCAGCAAAUCAUCAGCCAGUCUACAUUCUCCUGCAUCAUGCAGAUGUGGGGAGGGAAGCGGGAAGUGAUGUACACGGCCUUUGCUGCCCUGGGAGACUCUGUGGAUUAUAUACAGGUGUGUGACUCAGACACAGUCCUAGAUCCAGCCUGCACUGCAGAGAUGGUGAGAGUCCUGGAUGGAGACCCCAGUGUAGGGGGAGUGGGUGGUGACGUGCAGAUCCUGAACCAAUACGACUCAUGGAUUUCCUUCCUCAGCAGCGUGCGUUACUGGAUGGCCUUCAACGUGGAGCGUGCCUGUCAGUCGUACUUUGGGUGUGUUCAGUGCAUCAGUGGUCCCCUGGGCAUGUACCGUAACUCACUGCUGCGACUCUUCCUGCAUGACUGGUACAGCCAGCACUUCCUCGGCUCCAAGUGCAGCUUCGGAGACGACCGGCACCUCACCAACCGUGUGCUGAAUCUGGGCUUCAAGACCAAGUUCACGGCCCGUUCCCGGUGCCUGACCGAGACACCAAGCCGCUACCUCCGCUGGCUCAACCAGCAGACCCGCUGGAGCAAGUCCUACUUCCGUGAGUGGCUGUACGGUGCACUUUGCUUCCACAAGCACCACCCCUGGAUGACCUAUGAGGCCGUGGUCAGUGGCUUCUUCCCCUUCUUCCUGAUUGGCACAGUGGUGCAGCUGUUCUACCGUGGCCGGCUGUGGAACAUCCUGCUCUUCCUGUUGGCUGUGCAGGGGGUAGGGGUGCUGAAGGCAGCCUUCGCCUGCCUGCUCCAAGGCUCGGCACACAUGCUCUUCCUGUCUCUCUACUCACUGCUCUACAUGUCCAGCCUGCUGCCAGCCAAACUCUUUGCUCUGGUCACCAUUAACCGCCCUGGCUGGGGCACAUCGGGCCGCCGCAAGGUGGUUGUUAACCUGGUGGGCCUGCUUCCCGUCUCCAUCUGGUUUACUGUGCUGGCCGGAGGUCUGGCCUACACCAUCUACCAGGAGAGCCGCCAGCCACUGCCCGACACCGAGAGGCCUUUCCUCAUUGCUGGCUCUGCCAUCUAUGCCUGUUACUGGUUGCUGUUGCUUGCUCUCUACCUGGCCAUUGUGGCCAAGCCAUGCAGCCACAAACAGGAGCACUGUGACCUGGCCCUGCUGGAGGCCUGAGGCCCGGCUGAGCCAACCAGCCACAGGCCGAGAGCCCGGCCUGGGCCAACCCAUGGGUCUCGCACACAGGAACUAAAUAUUUCAAUGUUGAAGCCAAAGGCA